AUGGCGAGCCGAGGAAGCCGAAGCGACACGGGAGCGCGUGCUGGAUCGAGCCCGGAGGCGGAGGCGGAGGCGGGGAUGGCUACGGCGGAGGAAAUGGCGGAGCUGGAGACGGUGGAUGAGGAGGAGGUGCUGCGGCGGCUGGCCACGGGGCUCACCGCCGUCGAGGCGCCGCGGCGGCUCCGCCUCCACGGGCCCAACGUCGUCGCCCGCCCCCACCACGUGAGGGCUCUCUCCUCGCCUCUCUCCCUUCACCCAUUAAUCAAUCAGAAUUCAGAUUCAGAGGGCAGCAUGUUCAGAGUAUUCCUGAUGACGAUAUUCUCGCUCUGGGGAUGGCAUCAUGUGUUUCCUGAGUACAAGACGAUAUUCUCGCUCUGGGGAUGGCAUCAUGUGUUUCCUGAGUACAAGACCAUGGUCUGUGCGAUACUUAAUUCCAUGUCAUGGGUUACUGUACUAACUACAGUUGUAUCUCUCGCCGUCGCAUCAGCUGAUAAGAGAUCUUACAUGCUGGCCGCAUUCAUCUUUUUACUAGCCACGACCUCAAUAGCAUGCAUUACUGCAAAGCUUGCUGUGGAGUAUGCUAAGUCACCACUGGAGGCCAAAGCAUACGCACCAAGGGCCAAGGUGCUGAGAGAUGGGAGUUGGAUAGAUGUGCACGCAACGAAUCUGGUCCCUGGGGAUAUCAUAUUUCUCAAGGUUGGGGACAUUGUCCCUGCCAAUGCUCGUGUCCUCCGGUUUCAGAAAAUUGACACGAUGACUUGCUGGGCUAAAAGGUCUAUUGACUGUGUGCAUGGCUUCCUCAUAUAUUAUGCUUGGACGGUGUCAUGUGGCCAAGGGACUGCUGUUGUUAUUGCGACUGGCAGCGGCAUCCCUAGAUGCACACUGCGACUCUACCCACAGCGUUAUGCUCGACCGGGGCAACUUAAAGAAGGAAUCAUGGUUGCUGGCUGCUUUUGCUUUUCCCUUAUACUUGUUGGUACUCUUGCUGAGGUAGUCUUAAUAUUGCUCUUCCGCAAACACAGCCCUGGGGGCAUGCUGCACAAUUGCCACUUUAUGCCAUUGAUUGGUGGGAUUCCAAUGGCAAUGCCUGUUGUCAUCUACCUGGCAUUGGCAUUGGGAUCUCUAAGGCUUUGUUUCCUGGGAAUUGCUAGCCGAGGAACAGUUGCACUCGAAGAUCUGGCCAGCAUGGAUGUGAUGCUCUUCAACUUGACUGGUACCUUGACGUGUAAUAAACCCUGUUUUUCAAGGGACAAGAUCGAGUUGUUUGCUAAUGGUGUUGACAAAGAUCAAGCUAUUAUAUUAGCUGCACGAGCAUCAAGAUCUCAACAUGAAUUCUAUGUAGAGCCAAUUGAUGCAGCUGUUCUAAGCCUCUUGGAUGAUCCCGAACAGGCAAGAGCUGGUAUUGAGGUCUUAGAGCACCAUGAGCGCUUCUUUGUUGCACUGAAGUUGAUGUUCCUAACUACAUACAUUGAUAGCAACGGAGCCAAGUGCUGCGUAUUCAAAGGUGAUCCAUCGAAGGCAAGUCACCGUGUCAAAAAACAUAGAGACAAGCAACCAAGCCCCACUGCCAUCACCAUGCAUGCGUUUGCAAUUUUCCACAUAUUGUGUGGCUCAUCAAUGUGGCUCCAGCAGAGCAGUCAAAGAGAAAAUAAGCAUGGCUCAUGCUGGGAGUUCAUUGGCCUUCUACCUUUCAGAGAUGACCUUAGAAGUGAUAGUGUAGCUUCUAUUGAUAGCCUUAUCGAUUUGGGUUUGGAUAUAAGAAUCCUCACGGAAAGUCCAUUGCUGACUACAAAGCAAGUAUGUGGAAAGCUUGGAAAACUAGGCAUCAAUGUGUUACCUGCCCACUCGGUGUUUGAGUUACGUCGUAAUAACAGAGAAGUUCACUUAAACGUCAAUGGGAUUUCCGAUCUUUUUCCAGAGGACAACAGUGAUAUAGUGAAAAGGUUAAGGGAUUUCGGAUGUCGUUGUGCAAUGGUUGGGUAUGAAUUCCUUGAUCAUGAUGCCAUAGGUGAAAGCCAUAUUGGAAUUUCAGUAGCUGAGGCCACUGAUUACACCAAAAGUGAAUCUGAUCUUGUUUUGACUCAGCCUGGCCUGUUACCUAUUUCAUCAGCUGUGCAAAUCAGUAGGGAGAUCUGUCAGAUUAUGAGGGGUUACACGAUCUACACUGUGUCAUCAACUGUCCAUCUUGUUGGUAUCCAUGUCAUUUUACUCUUGUGGAACUUUAAUUUGUCAAGUUUCCUGGCUUUGGUGAUCUCCACUUUUAGCUAUUGUACAUCCUUUGCAACAUUAUUCGAAAGGGUGGAACUGAGUAAUUCACCAGAUAGAUGGAGAGUUAAGAAAAUCAUUGCAAGCGGUGUUGUUUCUGGUAGCUACAUAAUUCUUAGCACAGCCAUUUUUUUCAGGGCUGCAACACUUACAGACUUCGUUUCAUAUAAAUUCGAAGGUAGAUCGCUGAUGGGCUCCGAUGAAGAAACUAGAGCUGCCUUGUUCCUUCAAAUGAGCAUAGUGAACCAGGCUGUUGUACUGUUUGUUCAUUCUGACGAUUGCUGCCUUAUCAGAUGUCCUGGACCUGUUGUAGCAUGUACUUUUAUUUUUACUCAGAUGGUGGCAACCCAUAAAGCCGUAUAUGGUGACUUGGAUUUGGCACUACCAAAGGGUGUUGGUUGCCUCAGAGCAGGAUUGAUAUGGUUGUACAACUUUGCGGUGCUCAUGACCCCUCUUUUAAUUUGUCACACAUGGAGACGCGCAAACAUGACUGCUGAGAAAUUGUUGGCAAUAUGCAUACAUUCAGCCAUCAUGCGUAUAGCUUCGCUCUGGUUACUGUAUGUAAUACUUGAUGUCAGGCUGCAGCAGCCAGUCUGUACUUAGAUGCCUAAAGUAUAGGAAACAUUUUUGUAGCCGGUCAUUUCGCAGUGUAUAACCUGUAAAUGCCCGAAUAUUGCUUUUGGCUCCCGAGCUCACUGGAGGCCUUUAAAUUCAAACUUCAAAUUCAGUGAAAA